GAUACGGAAGAAACAUGGCGAUUCGUCCAGUGCGGUUGUCAGUUUGGUGUUGUUUGUGUUUUUGUGUUUAAUCGGAAAUGGGUUGAAUGUGAGAGCUUUAUGAUUUGAAAAUAUUCGUAUACAAGUUUGAUUGUUGUGUUGGUUGUUGUUGACUGUUUUGACGUUCGGAAACAUGGCUAGUGACAAGAUAAAAGUUGCCGUCCGUGUUCGACCCUUCAAUAGAAGAGAGCUGGAGCUGGGCACACAAUGUGUCGUGGAGAUGGAGGGCCAACAAACCAUCCUCCAAUAUCCACUGACUCUUCUGGACAAAAUGGAAAGGAAACAGCCAAAGACGUUCGCAUUUGACCACUGUUUUGAUUCUGCUGACCCAACGUCCCCCCAGUUCGCCAGCCAGGACGCCGUGUUCGACUGUUUGGGGAGGGACAUCCUGGACAAUGCCUUCCAGGGUUACAAUGCCUGUAUCUUCGCCUACGGCCAGACCGGGUCGGGCAAGUCGUUCACGAUGAUGGGUAGCCAAGACUACAAGGGCAUCAUCCCUCGACUGUGUGAUUCUCUGUUUGAUCUCAUUGCCAAGCAGCAGAGCUCUGAGCUCAUGUACAAGGUAGAAGUCAGCUACAUGGAGAUCUACAAUGAGAAGGUUCACGACUUGCUCGACCCGAAAGCUAACAAGCAGAGUCUGAAGGUGCGGGAACACAAGGUGUUGGGGCCUUACGUGGACGGCUUAUCACAGCUGGCUGUCACUGCCUUUCAGGACAUAGAUAACCUGAUGACAGAGGGGAACAAGUCUCGAACAGUGGCAGCCACCAAUAUGAACAGUGAGUCAUCGCGGUCGCAUGCUGUGUUCAGUGUGGUGCUGACUCAGACGCUGACAGAUGAGCGGACCGGUGUGGUGGGAGAGAAGGUGAGCCGCAUGUCGCUGGUGGACCUGGCGGGCAGUGAGCGGGCAGUCAAGACCGGAGCGGUGGGAGACCGCCUAAAGGAGGGCUCUAAUAUCAACAAGUCACUCACCACGCUGGGCCUAGUCAUCUCCAAGUUGGCCGACCAGAGCGCUUCUAGCAAGAACAGGGAUAAGUUUGUUCCGUACCGAGACUCUGUCCUCACGUGGCUUCUCAAGGACAACCUGGGUGGCAACAGCAAGACCGUGAUGGUUGCUACCGUAUCUCCUGCGGCUGACAACUACGAGGAGACUUUGUCCACGCUAAGGUAUGCGGACCGUGCAAAGCGAAUAGUUAACCAUGCUGUUGUGAAUGAGGACCCUAAUGCGCGGAUCAUACGCGAAUUGCGCCAAGAGGUGGAAGCGCUCAAGGAGAUGCUCAAGUUUGCCACUGCAUCGACGCCCGGAUCUCAACAAAUCUUGCAAAGGGAAGAUCUCCAUGAAAAACUUAGUGAGAGUGAGAAACUGAUGCGAGAAAUGUCACAAACGUGGGAAGAGAAACUUAUUAAAACUGAGAGACUGCAACACGAGCGACAGGAAGCCCUGGAGAACAUGGGCAUCAGUGUGCAGGCGUCUGGCAUCAAGGUGGAGAAGAACAAGUACUAUCUGGUCAACCUCAAUGCUGACCCCUCACUCAAUGAGCUGCUUGUGUAUUACCUCAAAGAGAGGACACUUGUUGGAGCCAAGGGAGCGUCAUACUCGCAAGACAUCGUGUUGUCGGGUCAGGGCAUCCAACCGGAGCACUGCAUCAUCACCAUCGAGGACGGGGGACUUUUCCUGGAGCCUCUCAACAAUGCCAGGAAUUGUGUCAAUGGUGCCCCAGUCCUGGAGAAGACAGCACUGCAUCACGGCGAUCGGAUAGUCUGGGGAAAUCAUCACUUCUUCCGUGUCAACUGCCCUAAGUCUUCAGUAACAACAUCAUCAGAACCACAAACACCAGCACAAACAAUUGAUUACAACUUUGCCCGGGAAGAAUUGAUGUUGAAUGAGCUCAGCAACGAUCCCAUACAGACAGCCAUUGCUCAGAUAGAGCGGCAGCACGAGGAGGACAAACAAGUGGCGCUGGAAAAGCAGAGGUUGGAGUACGAAAGGCAGUUUCAGCAUUUGAGGAACAUUCUUUCGCCCUCCACUCCUUAUUCUCCUUAUGUGCCCUUUGACCCCUUCAGACUCGGCAAGAUGACCCCUUGCACACCGACCACACAGAUGAGAGUGGAGAAGUGGGCUCGAGAGAGAGAUGAAACGUUCAAGCGAAGUUUAGGUGAGCUCAAACAAGACAUUGUGAGAGCGAAUGUUCUAGUCAAGGAAGCGAAUUUCCUAGCAGAGGAACUCCUCAAGAUGACCAAGUACAGUGUUACUCUGCAAAUCCCACCAUCCAACCUUAGUCCUAAUAGGCGGAGAGGAGCGUUUGUCAGUGAGCCGGCCAUCCUGGUGAAGCGGAAAGGGUUCGGCAACCAAGUGUGGUCCAUGGAGAAACUGGAGAAUAAGUUAAUAGACAUGAGAGAAAUGUAUGACGACUGCAGAGAACAUGGCAUUGACAUGACUCCGGUGGACAACCCAGCAAAGGUUAACGACCCAUUUUUUGAGACGCAGGAGAAUCAUAAUCUGAUAGGUGUGGCGAAUGUGUUCCUAGAGUGUUUGUUCCACGAUGUAACGCUGGACUACCAUACGCCAAUCAUCAGUCAACAAGGAGAGGUGGCAGGGAGGCUACAGGUUGAGGUGAGGAGGAUAGCAGGCCAGUUCCCCCAGGAUCACAUCUGCGAGUCAGUGUCGGAGAGCUCAACGGACAGCAGCAACCGGGAUGAGGAGGAGGUGGUGCCUGACAAUCAGGUCACAGUGCGGGUGAGGAUAAAGCAGGCGACAGGUCUGCCGAUAUCUCUUUCUCACUUUGUGUUCUGCCAAUACACGUUCUGGAACCACGGGGACCCCAUUGUGGUGCCUCCGGUGGUGAACCCCGACCAGGGGGACCCAGCCCGAAACACACAGUCUCUCUCUUUCCAGUUCGACCACACUCAGGACUUCACUAUCACCAUCAAUGAGGAGUUCUUGGAACACUGUUCAGAAGGAGCGCUGUCAGUGGAGGUGUGGGGUCACCGGAGUGCAGGGUUCACCAGAACAAAACCAGAGUGGGAGGUGGAACAGCAACAACUGGCCAAAGCUCGCUCACUCACCGACAGGUGGAGUGAGUUAACACGUAAAAUCGAGCUGUGGGUGGAGGUGCAGGAGUUGACGGAGAUGGGUGAGUACGCUGCGGUGGAGGUGGCGGCACGCACAGAUGUGCUGACAGGUGGCGUAUACCAGCUGCGUCAGGGUCAGCAGCGUAGGGUGCAGGUCAGGGUUCGGCCAGUACAACAGUCCGGAACACUGCCCAUCAUCUGUCACAGCAUCGUCAGUAUAGCUGUCGGCAGUGUUAUUAAGAGGUCUCGGCUGCAGAAGGCCCUGGACUCGUACCAAGAGGAGGACCUGGCUGUGUUGAGGGAGAAGUGGAGCGACGCACUGAUGAGGCGGAGACAGUACCUGGAUCAGCAGAUCAACCGUAUCAUCAACAAGACUGAUAAGACAGAAAGUGACCAGGAGCGUGAGCAGAGUCUAGUAGACCAGUGGGUGAGUCUGACGGAGGAAAGGAAUGCCGUGCUGGUGCCGUCCCCUGGCUCAGGGAUACCAGGAGCCCCGGCAGACUGGCAGCCUCCACCCGGCAUGGAGCCCCACAUUCCUGUUCUCUUCCUAGACCUCAACACUGAUGAUCUGUCAGGCCAGGGAGGCCAGUGGGCGGACGUGGAACAGCUGCCUGUGGCCGGUCUCAACUCAAUCCUUUCCAAGGAGCAUGGCAACAAGUUCUACAACCUACCGCUGAUCAAGCAUCUGGACAAGGACGUGGGCGCAGUGGCCGCCUGGGACUCUUCAGUGCAUGAUAGCGACUACCUCAACAGGGUUACUGAGAGUAACGAGAGGGUGUACCUGAUACUCAAGACGACAGUGCGAUUGUCUCAUCCCGCCCCGAUGGACCUGGUGUUGCGCAAGCGCUUGAGCCUCAAUAUCUACAAGCGCCAGAGCAUCACUGACCGCAUCCGCAAGCGCAUCGCCCGCUCUGACUGCCUCACUCAGAGUGGUGUUACCUACGAAGUUGUCUCUAACAUUCCUAAAGCUAGUGAAGAACUGGAAGAUAGAGAGUCGUUAGCACAGAUAGCUGCUUCUGGGGAAGACACUUCACUCAGUGACGGUGAAACAUAUAUUGAAAAAUAUACACGAGGCGUGAGUGCUGUGGAAGGUAUCCUGACCCUGGACAGGCUGAGGCAGUCGGUGGCCGUUAAGGAGCUACUACAGAGUCAAGGACAACACCUCACACAAUCAUCGGCAAUGCGCAAGACAGCCAGUGUACCCAAUUUCUCACAACUGAUGAGGUUCGACAGCAGUCUAGAAGGAUUGAACUUGGCUGGGAUGGGUGUGACACGUUCGGAGAGCGUGACGGACCUAAACGGAGAGACCCGAUCACGCAAGAGCUUGCCUGCGCCGCGCGUCGACCCUGACAUCAUGCAGACACCGCCCAAACAGUUUGGCAUCGGCUCCAUUUUGUCAGCGAGGCCUACCUUCCUCAACCUCAACAUCAACCUCAACUCCUUGCGGCUACAGCCCGGCUCUAAACCAUCACCCAACACAAAGCUGGGACUGCGUAUGACAACGUUACAUGAGGAACAGACUCACAACUCGCUCACGCAGGAGGGUGAGGGUGAGGAAGAGGAGGAGGGAAGGAGUGGGGGGUGCAGCGAGGAUGAAGGUCCGCAACCUGCCACUACCCACCAGCCGCUCAAGUUUAACGAAAUCGAUUCGAGUGAACAGACCAGGCUGCCCGAGAAGCCUCUGCUGUCCAGUUCCCGUACACUCGACUCCCUUGCUGAUUACAAGAUGGGCACUCCUAGUACAAUCUCCAGUGGCUACGGCUCAGAAGCAGUCUCAUCGUCGAAUCUGACCAACGACGAUGUGGCCUCGCUGCGUAGCAUGAGUGUGGAGACUCCAGACCUAGACAGGUGUGUGGGGUCGGCAGCCAACGGAGACACUCACUCGGCCGAUGACGAUUCGGCCGGAGAGAACUUGGCUCCUAACACACUGCCUCCGGGCAAGGUGGUGAGGCGCAGGAAGAGCUCCAGCCGAACGCAGAAUGCAGCGGUGCGAGCCUCGUUUCCCCUAGCAAGGCCCACAGUCUCUGAGAGCAAGGCCGCACUCAAACUGCAGAACUCGAUGAACGGGGAGCUGUCUUCUGACACUCAUACAGAAGAUGAGGCGGAGGGUCGACCCGUGAAGGAGGAGGUGGUGCCUGACUGGGUGUGCGUGGGUGAGAGCGUGCUUAUAAGGCCCUCUAACGCAUCAGGGGUCAUUGCGUUUCUCGGCCCCACCCAGUUCGCUCCAGGCACUUGGAUCGGGGUUGACUUGGAUGCUCCCACUGGUAAACACGACGGGACAGUGCAGGGUGUGAGGUACUUCGAGGCUCGGCCCAAGCAUGGAAUAUUUGUCAAGUCCAACAAGUUAAUACAAGAUCGUCGAGGCCGCGCAAUGCGCAACAUGACAGCACCGGAUGCCGGCACAAUGCGUCGCAGUCUCAGCAGAGGGGAAGGACUGGCCACUCUACACAGGUCUAGAAGUCGAGGCGAGGGUCUGAGCUCUGUCGGCACCUCUGGACGGCUGGCACUUCGGAGCAACAAGUAGCAUCCGAUGAACCGUAAACGCCUCAGCCUGGCCUAACCCAGCCUCUGUACAAACUCCUUGUGUUGCCAUUGUACAGUUACCGUUCAAGCACUGUGUCAAUUCCAACCCUACCACUGCUGUUUCUACCGUCGCAUUCACUACAGAAUGUAUUUUUUAUCAAUAGUUUCAACAACCGAGGACUGAGCUUGUUCCGGAGGCCGACAGUGUUGGGAGUUGCCGUUUUAUUUUUGCAUGACAGACUCGAUGAUUUCCAAUUUGUAUAAAUGUGAUACUUUUUUUAGAAUUUGCCGUGCACUUUGAUUAGCGAGUCCUCAAGUCGCUUGCCUGCCCAGAGGGCUCUUGUGUAUUAUAUGUUAUUGCCAAAUAUGCGAAUCGUGUACUAUAAUGUUUUAAAUUAUAUUUGCAUAUAGAUUUUAAAGCUUUGGUAAACUAAUUCACAAUGUUUGUGAUGUAGUACGUCUCGCUGAGAGUUGGCGGUAGUCAUUUCGGUCUAAUGAAGGUUACUUAUCGUGUUAUCCAAUCGUAGAAGGUGCGCUGAAAUGGUGCAUGUAGAUAUACGAAGAGGGUUAUGUUUCUAGACUAGAGUAAGGAAUAAGCCCAUCCAUUUUACACAAUAAUAUACGUCCAAUUCCAUCCUGAACCUGUCCAUUUCUCUUGGGUUGACGAUUCAUAGAAUAUUUUUGCCAAAAGAGACAAUUAGUUUUGUAUAGUUGUUCCUAAUUUUCGUUUUCUCACGGUCAUCACCUUUGUUGUAAAUAUGCUUGGCACCUGCCUACAGGGUCCCAACACAAUCUUCUCCGGUCGUAACGUAUUUAUGUUUUUGUAUUUUAAACUUUUUUGAACUGUUGUAUAUUAAGGUUAUUAUUUUCGUGAUAGUAAUUUUAUGCAUUUUGUUGAUAAUUGAACCAGUUUAUAUUAUAUAUUUAUUAUCUAAGUGUAUUUUUGUUUUAGUUAUACUGCAUUAUAAUGUUUAUAAAAUAGAAGAGUCGUUUUAUCACCUCUUUUUAUAAUUUUAAGAUACUGUACAUUUAAUUCUUUUGGUAAUUAUUGCUAAAAUAAUCGUGAUAUUGUGCAUGUAUUAUUCACAUUGAUUACUACUAAAAUCAUAUUGAAAUUUACCAUACAGUAGAUUAAUUUCAAUAUGUAAUAUAAUUUUUAGGCGAUUUUAAAACUAUUCAGUUCCUGAAUAAUUAAAAUUUAAGUUUCAUCAAAUGUUUAGUGACUUGAUAUUUAGUGUUUAUUUUUAUUUAAUUUUAAUUUCCUGUGGUGCAGAAAAUUUUUAAAAUUAAGUACAACGCUAAAAACGUGUUUUUAUUUGGAAAACUGAUAUUUUAUCAUAAUUACAGUUAAUAACAAAUAAUACUACAUACUAUUUAAUACUUGAAUUGUUAAAUAUACAGAUUACUGCUGUAUGCAUUUACAUACAAUAUAAGACCAUCCUUUGAAUGCAUUUAAUGAACAUAGUCACUGUGUGAAUAUACCCGUCCAUCAGUUUUCCCUUCUUGUUGAUUAAGUUUUAUAAUAUUCAGGUUUGUGUAAUGAUGUAGAUUAUUGUGUUCUAAGUUUCUUGUAUUAUAUUGUUAAUCAGUUUUGUUGUUACUUAGAUUUGUAAGGAGAGUCAGAAAUGUGCUGCAAUCAAGUUUAUAUCUGAAGGUGCAAUUAUAAUAGAAGAGAUGAGUUGAUAUCAGUUUGAAUACUGGUAAUUAACCACUUAGUGUAAGUGCAUGAAAUUUCAUUGAUACAAGCAAUGCUGGGAUAAAAAACAAUUGUAUGAAGCAUGCGUUUUGUACAAAUUUAUUUCCCUCUGUUCUAGAUUUAGUUUAUUUUAAACCUCUCUAGAUUUAAUUAAUGCUAUUUACUUCUGUGCCGAAUCAAUCCGGUUGUUUCACUGUGAGAGAUUACUUAUUCACAUUUUUUUUUUUUUUUAAUUCACUUAAAAUAUUACUUUUGCUAUACACUCUUGAUUCAACUAGGAUGUAAUAUUGAAAUUCUUGAGGUCAAAGUAAAUUAAAUAAUAAUUGAUAUUUUUCUGAAACAGUGAAAUUUUUGUCUUGUGUGGCUAAAGCGAAAACUGAAAUGAACAAUAACAUGCCUAUAUAAAUUAUUAUUUUGAAAUUUUGCAUAAACUUAAUAAGAAUUUCCUUCUUGCAUUUUGUAGGACUCCAUCAUAAGCACUGUUACUAAGUAGUACAAAGACUUUGAUUUUUAAAAUUGUGUGCGAAGGCGCGUGGGUACUAUCUAGUAUAAUAUAACUUUGUAUAAAAUUGAGACGAUCAGUUCUCUAUAGCGGAGCUUGUAACUUGUAUCAAGAAUCAACUCAUCUCUACUCAGUAGUGUUGGUUUUGUUUUCAUAGCUGUAUAACUGUGCAGAAGUAGUUCUUACUGCAAUGUGGAAGCUCAGCUUUUUAUGGUGUUUUGUUUCACAGAAUAAUGUUUAAAACAAAAUCCUAAGCUUUUCCUGGUAUAAUAUAAAAUUAAACAAGUAAGAAUGAUUAAUCAAUAAUAUAAUAGCAACAGAUAAACAAAAACACUUGUUGAAACUGAAUGAAACGUUACGUCUAACUUAAUUUGUCAAGGUUUCAUUAAUAUAAAAUAUCUUAAUAACAAAUUAGUAUGUAAUCAAAAAUAAAAUACAAAAUUCAUAAUACUUAUGUGAAUUGGAAACAAAUACACGUAUGAUUGAAAUUUAAUUGCAAACAAAGAGAUGUCCCAGGAAGUAAAGUACUCUUGAGUGUUCGAAACCAUUGCUCUUGAAUCAAGUUCUUGUCAGAGACAGUAUUUUGAAUGUAGACUUAAGACAUUGUACAGUAUUUUAAUCAGUUUAUUUUAAACUUUAACGAUUUAAAUGUUUUGUCAAAAAAUAACAUUGUUUACUGAAUAAAUUUAUGUUAUCAGAUUGUCAGAAAUCACUUAUAAUGCGACAAGAAAAACAUAUGAUUCGUUAUUACAGUUAGAAAAGAUUUGUUUAUGCACUUUUGAAAUCUUUUUUUAUAUGUUUAUUUUUCUUAUAACAAGAAUGAAAACUUAAAGGGAGAAAAAUUAUGAAGUGAUGAUAAGCUCAAGUAAUUAAGUUGUAACAUUGUUUACUGUGAGUAUGGAAAUAACAUGUUUUUUUAGAACUUUAAUUUUAAUUAAUUCACAUUCAAAGAUUCUUUACUUUGUGGGUAAUCCUUAUAUAGUUAUUUUUAUCUGAAAUCUCUUGAUAUAUUUAUUGAACCCUUUAAAUCAGUCCAAUCUUUGUUUAUUCAUAAUAUCAUUGAAGCAAUAAUUUAUAAUACACAAUUUAUUUCAAUACUAUAUAUUAAAAAUUGCAAUUAAUUCUAUGCUGCCUUGUUUGUAAACCAAUGUAAUAAAAUAAAUUUUAAAGUGAAGAUGGCACUUUUUCUGAAUUAAUAAUAAUAACAUUUAUGUUUGAAACCAAACAUAAAUUUUAUGUUUGAAAGUAUUUUUUAUGUGCCAUGAAUGUAAAUUGUAAAUGAAUGCCUCUUUCUGUUACUAUUAAGAUCUCAAUGCUAACUAAUGUUUCCUGUUCUUUCUUCUUCCUUUACGUAAAGUACAAAUGUUUUUAUUGUUGUACUGAUCAUCUUAUUUUUAAUGUAGAGGUUAAUCCACAUAUCCUUUUGAGUACUUACACGUUUUACAUUUACAGAAAAUCGUUCAUUGUUAGGUACUUAAUUUGUUUACUUCUUUAUGUGUCCUUGGUGCUUUUGUUGUCGACUUAUCAUUCCAAAAUAUGUGAGCUAUAUUGCUUGAGCGUAUUAGCUAGCCACGUAUUGUUUCCUUGUGUUUUAUAUUUACCGAGUGACGUACAGGAUCUACAGAUUCAAGAUAUAUUACAUGAGGAGUGUUGACGUCGCGUUGUGUGCGUAAUGAACAUUACACUGUAAGAUAGCACGCUUGUCUGUGUAAUGGCCGCUUACGCCAACUCCCCACCCUCGAAGAUAUUGCAAUAUUUGUUGGUGUUUCAAUAUUCGUUAAAUACAGCAAUAUAUUGUCAUUGAAUCCAGCAAUAUUUUAAUGUUGUGACUUUUCGGUUUGUCGCGUUCACGGAAAACAUUUUGGUAGCCUAAGAAAAGCACUGCUUCAAUAGUAAUAAGAAAUGGAUGUGAAAAUUGAUUUGUAUAUUUUUAAAUGUACACAGUAUUUAAAAGUAUAAUAUGUAAUUUUUAUUUGUUUAUUGCAAGGUGACUUAUAGUUAGUAUGAACAUUAAAAAUAUAUUUAAAUCAGGAAAAUGAAACAAAUAAAUAUAUUCGUAUCAUCAAUAAAUAUGCAUAUUGUUAGUUAUUCAUUUUGUCAAAAUUGAAAAUGUUACUUUUCCAGUGAAAUAUUAAUAUUAUAAUGUAAUUAAGAACUAAAAUUUUAUCAGGAAUACAUUAUUCUUGCGUUCAUAAUGAUUCAUUAAUAAAAUUGACCUAAAGGUUAUGAUAUUGUAUAAAAAGACAUUUGAACUAAAACGGCAAACAAAUAGAUGUCAUCAAAGGUAGAAUAAAAUGUUUACUCUGCUGGUUGUUGGGACAUGUUAGUAUAAAAGAAUCUGUGGAACUGUGUAAUUAAGUAUAGUAAAAUUACAUUUAACACAUUGAAACCUAACUAAUCUAAUGGUAAAUUAACAAUAGAUUUCAUCAUUUGAAUAUGGUAAUAACAGUUUAUUUGUAGGGGCUUCUAGUGCUCCGUGCAUUUUUGAACUAAAAACAUUCCUAGCCAGAUGGCGGUCAGUUGUACAAUAGGUCGCACAUCUGUGUACAGUCCCCCUGACGACAGGCUCAUUUAUUUUGUAAGAUGCUUAUGUAAGUUUGUCAAUAAAAGUUUAUUUUUUGUACAGUAUUUAUGUAUGAGGUUGUGAGAGUGUAGCUUCUGUAAUUAGUACUUUAUUUUGUAUAGUUAUUUUACAAAAGAGUUAAUAUUCCUUAAGUGAUCAUCCUGUUCAGUUGACAAGUGUUAAUUUAUUUCACCUCAUGAAGUACCCGAUUCCGGCAGAACCACAGGUGUCACUUUGUUUUACACUUUGUAUUGAUAAUGUCCAUUUAUGCAGUUAUAAAUUGUAACAUUUUGAAUGUCGAUAUGAAUAAAACAUCAAUUCAGA